CUAUUUAGUAUAAAUAAUGCAAGUUUGUGACAAUUGUAACUCAAACUAGUCUUCAUACAUUUCUCCUUUAAUCUUUCACUUCUAAAAACUAAUUUUUUUUUUGUUUUUCUCAAUAUGAGAAAGGCUUCCAUUAUGCAAAGGUCACUUUUGGCCUUUUGGGUUCCUUUGUUGCUUCUUGUUACAUUCUUUUAUGCUACUUCUGUUGUAGCAACAACUGCCGCUUCAGUGAAUGAAGUGAACACAGAUGGGAAGCUUGUAAAUGAAGAAACAAGUCAAGUAAACAAUGAAGAAGAAAAAUUCAAAGCAUUUUUUCAUGCAAAACAAAAAUUGAAAGGAUUUUUUCACAAAAAACCAAUAUUCAAGAAACCAAUUCCAUUUGUUAAACCUAUUCCAAAAAACAUUCCAAUCUAUAAGCCUAUCCACAAACCAACUCUAUGGAAAAAACCUAUCCCCUCAGUUGAGCAAGAGUCAUUUCUUAAACACAAACAUUUCUUAAAAAAACCAAUAAUUCCCAUUGUUAAACCUACUUAUGUUCCAAUUUACAAGCCUAUUCCAAAGGUAAUUCCAGUUGUUAAGCCAAUUAGUGUUCCAAUUUACAAGCCAGUUCCAAAAGUUAUUCCAAUUGUUAAGCCUAUUCCAAAGAUAAUUCCAGUUGUUAAGCCUAUUCCUAAGGUGAUUCCAAUUGUUAAGCCUAUUCCAAAGGUUGUUCCAAUUGUUAAGCCUAUUCCAAAAGUUGUUCCCAUUGUUAAGCCAAUUCCAUAAGCAAUUGGAGAGGAAAUUUUAACCUAUAUUACCAAUGUUCCAUAAAAUUAUGUCAUGCUUGGAAAGUUCUAUCUUAACACUAUCAAUUGUGUUUGCAUAAUUAUCCUACUUAAUUAUCUUUGGUAUUGUAUUAGUGUGAAUUUUGUUAAUGCUUUCACAUGAAUAAAGUUCCUAAGUUUGUAAUUGUAUGUGCAUUAUAUCCAUACAAGAAUGGAACUUCUAUGAAUUGUUUAUUAAUCCUUCAACAUGUAAUUUUUGUAGGUGCUUUCUAUGCCUUUUCUUAUUGUAUUUGGGUUUUGAGUACUGCUUGUACUCUUAUUUCUUAUUAAAUAUUCUCUUUUGGUCGUUUAAAAAAGGAA